AUGGCUUCCUGCGUCUGUAUUGUCCAUUCGGAGCAAUGGCCAUUAAUGACCUUUGACACCGCCCUGAGUGACAAAGUGAAGAAAAUCAAUGAGCAUAUUAGGUCCCAAACCAAGGUCUCGGUGCAGGACCAGAUCCUUCUGCUAGACUCCAAGAUCCUCAAGCCCCAUAGAGCGUUGUCAUCUUAUGGGAUCGACAAGGAAAACACUAUCCACCUCACCCUAAAGGUGGUGAAGCCCAGUGAUGAAGAGCUGCCCUUGUCUCUGGUGGAGUCGGGCGACGAGGGGCAAAGGCAUCUCCUUCGAGUUCGAAGAUCCAGCUCCGUGGCCCAGGUGAAGGAAAUGAUCGAGAAUGUGACUGCUGUGCCUCCCAAGAAGCAGAUCGUGAAUUGCAAUGGAAAGAGGCUGGAAGAUGGAAAGAUCAUGGCCGACUACAACAUCAAGAGUGGUAGUUUGCUCUUUCUCACAGCGCACUGCAUUGGGGGGUGACUACGGGAGUGGGGUGAUGAGGAGCUCAAAACCGACUUCCUUUAAUCAAUUAACCAAUUGCAUCUCUUGACGAUAUAAAAAAAAAUAAUGAGAAUGAAAUAAAGAUUUGAGGUGGGGUG